CGGGGACACAGCGGCCGAGAUGAGGCAUUUCUGAACACUUACGAGACGGGUUUCUCCCCCCCCCUCCCUCCCUCCCAGCGCUGCGACUGCUUUCAAGCCACUUUUCUUUUCUUUUUUUUAAAAGACGAGUCCGGAGUAUCGCUGGGUCCAACGUUUGCGAGCUCGUCAACGCGCCAGGAGCCAAAACGAAUGGAGCUCUUCUUCUUCUUCUUCUUCUUCUUCUUCUUCUUCUACUACUGCUGACAGCUGCGCCGGGCAGCCAGCUGACCCCCGACAUCAGCAGCGAGGAUUGACCAGCCCCAUCGUCGUACAUCCUGAGUGUGUCUGCUUGUGUUUGAUUGUAUGUGUGUGUGUAUGUGUGUGUGUGUGUGUGUGUGUGUGUGUGCGUGUGCAUGUGCGUGUGUGUGAGUUGAGUGGGUGUCGACGAUGACGGCUAGGAGGAGGCUUGACUGGUGGAUCCCCCACUAACCCGCUACCCAAAUAUCCUCCCUGACGCGCCCAUUUCCUGACAGCUUCACUGUACACUUGAUUUGUGGAGCCCCCCCCUCCCCCUCCCCCUCCCAGCCUCACCUCCCACCAUGGCCAGCCUGGUGCUCAACGAGACUGGGAUGGAGGACUGUGGCAUCGACGAUUCCUUCAAGUACAACUUGUACUCGGUGGUCUACAGUGUGGUGUUUAUCCUGGGCCUUAUCACCAACUGUGCCGCCCUCUUCGUGUUCUGCUUCCGGAUGAAGAUGCGCAACGAGACCACCAUGUUCAUGACUAAUUUAGCCUUAUCUGAUUUAGUGUUCGUCUUUACGCUGCCCUUCAAAGUCUUCUACAAUGUCAACCGUCACUGGCCGUUCGGAGAUGGACUAUGUAAGGUAUCGGGUACGGCCUUCAUCACCAACAUCUAUGGCAGUAUGCUCUUCCUCACCUGCAUCAGCGUGGACCGCUUCCUGGCUAUUGUCUACCCCUUCCGGUCUCGCUCUAUUCGCACGCGAAGGAACGCCGCGCUGGUGUGUGCCGCCGUGUGGCUGACCAUCGUGGGAGGGGGGAUAUCAGUGACCUUCUUCUCCACUAUCAACAGGGCCAACAGAGCCACAACCUGCUUCGAGGGCUUCUCCAAGAGCACCUGGAGGACCUACUUGUCCAAAAUCACCAUCUUCAUUGAGAUCGUUGGCUUCUUGUGUCCACUGUUGGCCAACUUGGUCUGUUCCUCGCUGGUUCUUCGGACUCUCCGCCGCCCCGCCACGGCUGGCCACGGCUGUGAGAGCAAGAGGCGCGUCCUCAGGAUGAUCCUGGUCCACUUGGGCAUCUUCAUCAUCUGCUUUGUCCCCUACAACUCAAUUCUUUUUGUCUAUGCCCUGGUGCGGACCCAGGCACUGGCCAGCUGUGCCAUGGAGCGCUUUGCCCGGACCCUCUACCCCAUCACCCUGUGCAUGGCCAGCCUUAACUGCUGUCUGGAUCCUGUGGUGUACUACUUCACCUCCGAGAGCUUCCAGAAAAGCCUGACCACGGGGGGCAAGGGGUCCGGGACCCGGCCUGACAGCAACCCACGCAGCGAUACACACAUCAGCAGUGACACCGAGAGCCAGGACAAGGCGAACACGCUGACGGAAGACACACACACGCUGGAGAGCAACGGAAAAGAGUCGAGGCUGUCUGAAACCCAGUUUUGACUUGGCGAGGAGGAAGGGGGCAAGAGAGAGGGAAGCACAAGGACAGUCUUGGAAGAGAGGAGUCCGUCCUUAGGUUGAACUUAAACUCGACUUAGACAAAGUAAAACAAUCAAUCGGCCCGUUUUGGUGCUGGAAGUGACAAAACACAUAACUCAGAAGAUUAGUUAGGUCCAGAGGUAAGUCUGGAGGUAUGGCCUUGGCUUUACGGAUUAACAAUCAUAGGAGGGCGGAGGAAUGUGUGUGUUUGUGUGUGUUUACAAUAAGGCAGAACUAAGGGACCAAAGGCCAAACCACACCGAGACAGUCGAGACCAUCGGCCAGGGUGCCUGUAAACGAGACUCUAAGACUUCAUUACUUACUCAGGAUUAACAGUACACACACACACACACACACGCACACACACACAAAGACAGAAGUGCACUGGAUUGCGGCUCGGAGUGAGAUUUCUUUCGGCGGUGAAGAAACGUGCGGCGUUGCUCUGGCGUAAACAGUCUGAGCCUGGAUUUUCAUGUCGUGCCGUUGACGUUGCCACGGUCGAAUGAGCUGCGGUGUUAUGACACAUGACAUGGUGUGGCGAGUUACAUCCUUUCCAGGGCACAGCAGCACCCUGACCUACUUUGGCCGAGUGUGUCUCAACUGGAAGUUCGGGGCAAUUAAAUGUCUGUGCUAUAACCCGUUUUCUCCGUUGCAUUUAUUUUUACAGUCUUCCCGCCAGCUCCUACUGUUGCGUCUGUCCGCCCUGCUUUAAUUAGGGUUGGGGGAGGUGUAUUUGAACUAGUAGGGGAGUCGUUAUACUAAAAAGGCGGCCGUUCUCAGCGAUCACCCAAUAUGAACUUGUCCUUGGAGCCGAAAAGGGGGUUUUUUCUAUCCAACCGGAGACCUUGGCCUGUGCGCUGCGGUUUGGAUCGGAGGCCAAAUGCUUAUUAUGAUCAGAGCAAUGGUCCAUUGUUUGCCUCUGAAUGUGUUCUCUCUGUCCUAAUCUGGCCUAAGACCACAGAUUUGCCCAAAGUCUUUUUGCGGAGACCAAUGUACACAAACUCCAAAGUACCCUCGGACACACGCUGCCGGCGGCGUGCUCCCCCCGCUCUCACGGCCUGCACAACCCGUCACCGAAAAAACACACACACACGUCCGGCGGCAAACCGAGGCCGCCGAGCCGAUUUGUAUCGUUUAGUUUCCGUGCGUUUGUGCGGACCAAGCAUGACAUUCUACACACACGCCAUAUAUAUAUAUAUAUAUAUCGCUUUGGGGUUGCGUUUACUCAACAGGGCCGAGUCUGCACGCCGCGAGUGGGUUUGAUUUUAACACCCGUGAGCCCGGUGGGGACGGACCCCCCCCCCCCCUCGG